UUCUAACCUGUUCAUACUGUCAUCUUUGCUUCCAAGUUUGAUCCCUGUACGUUUCUCUUUUCUCCUUCUUCCAGCCUCUUCCUCUCUGCAAAGUGCAAACCUCCUCAGCUCCUUGUCAUUAAAAAACAAAAGCAUUUUGCAAGAACAGAGUGUAGAAAAAAUAGAGAUUCUCACGUUCCACACACAAACAAAAGAGGAUCAGCUGGGUCUGUUUUCUUUGUUGGCGCUCAUGGUCCUGCAGAGCCAGACAAGGUAAGCUCACGUUCUCCAUUGAAACCGCAAAAGCUCGUGACUUCUCAAAAACCCAUUUGUUCCUGAAACACGUCUCAAAAACUUAAGAGUUUUUGGGCACUAAUGGUCUUUUGGAGGAAACCCAAAGCCAUCUUCCACUUUGAUGCGAUAGUUUUGGAUAAAUGAGUUGCAGAAGCCAGAAAAUCACCAUUCAAAUGACAUCAGAAGAUAGCAAUGAGAGAGUGCUGAAGGUUUUGGUAGAGGGGUUUUGAGGUGUUUACUGGUUCUGUUCGGUUUCCCUUUCUCUUGUUUCUCAGGUUUGGACAUUAUCCGAAAAUGGGUAUUGGUUAUUUUGGUUCUUUUCUGGUUCUGUCAGUUUUGUUCGGCCUUGGAAUUUGUCAACAACCCAAUACAGAUGGGUUCUAUGUCGCAGAUUUCUUGCAGAAGAUGGGUUUAACCUCUUCUCAAGUUUACAGCUUUUCCUCUCCUUUUUGCAACUGGCAAGGAGUGUUCUGUGAUGCCAAACAGGAACAUGUUAUUGGGUUGGUGUUUCCUAAUUUUGGUCUCACCGGAUUGGUUCCUGAGACCACCAUUGGCAAGCUCGGCAAGCUUCAGUGUUUGGAUCUCAGCAGUAACAAAAUUACUGGUCUGUCUUCGGAUUUCUGGAGUUUGGGUUCACUCAAGUCCCUUAAUCUUUCCCGUAACCAGAUUUCAGGUAACCUCUCAAGCAACAUAGGCAAUUUUGGUUUACUUGAGAGCUUAGACCUUUCCUGUAACAGUUUCUCUGGUGAAAUUCCUGCUUCUAUAAGCUCCCUUGUCAGUCUGCAAGUGCUUAAACUCUAUCAGAAUGGGUUUGACUCGAGCAUUCCAUUGGGUCUUGUAAAUUGCCAAUCUUUGGUUUCGAUUGAUCUUUCAUCGAAUCGGCUAAACGGGACGCUUCCUCAUGGUUUUCUUUCAGCUUUUCCUAAGCUCAAAACCUUGAACAUUGCUGGAAAUGGGAUAGAGGGAAGGGAUUCUGAUUUCUUGGAGUUGAAGUCCAUCACUAAUCUUAACAUAUCCAAGAAUCAGUUUCAGGGUUCUGUCUUAGGUGUUCUUAAGGAGCCACUGGAGGUCAUUGACUUGAGUGGAAACCGGUUUCAAGGUCACAUUUCUCAGGUACAUCUCAAUUUGAACUAUAAUUGGUCUAAUUUGUUCUAUCUAGAUUUGUCUGAGAAUCAGCUCAGUGGAGAGAUUUUCCAUGAGUUGAAUCAAGCCCAGAAUCUCAAGCACCUGAAUCUUGCGCACAAUAGAUUUUCGAAACAGAAAUUCCCACAAAUUGAUAUGCUCCUGGGUUUAGAAUACCUUAACUUGUCUAGAACUAAUCUUAUGCUUCGCAUUCCCUCUGAAUUCUCACAAUUUAAUAGCUUGAAUACCCUUGAUCUUUCUGAGAACCAUCUCACUGGUAAAAUUCCGUUUUUGAGUGUAAAGAGUCUCCAAAUUUUUGAUGUUUCCCGCAACAAUUUAAGUGGAGAAAUUCCACUAUCACUCAUAGAAAAACUACCAUGGAUGGAGAGAUUCAACUUCUCUUACAACAACUUAACCUUAUGUGCUUCAGAAUUCUCACCUGAGACCCUAGAAACAGCUUUCAUUGGAUCACUAGACAGCUGCCCUAUUGCUGCAAACCCAGGUCUCUUGAAAAGAAGAGCCAACAAACACAGGGGACUCGAGCUUGCCUUAGCUUUAACUCUUUCAAUGGUCUUUUUGCUGGGGGGUUUGUUAUUAUUUGUGGCUUUUGGUUGUAGAAGGAAAGCCAAAAUGUGGGCCGUGAAACAGAACUCAUACAAAGAAGAACAAAUUAUUUCUGGCCCAUUUUCCUUCCAGACCGAUUCGACCACAUGGGUUGCUGAUGUUAAGCAAGCAACAUCAGUCCCGGUAGUAAUUUUUGAGAAGCCAUUGUUGAAUUUCACAUUUGCAGACCUCUUAUAUGCAACUUCAAAUUUUGAGCGAGGUACCCUAUUGGCUGAAGGCAGAUUUGGGCCUGUUUAUAGAGGAUUUUUAGCUGGUGGGAUUCAUGUUGCAGUUAAAGUUUUGGUCUAUGGAUCCGUCAUGACAGACCAAGAAGCUGCAAGAGAGCUUGAGUGUCUUGGUCGAAUCAAACACCCCAAUCUUGUACCCUUGACUGGCUACUGCUUAGCUGGAGAACAAAGAAUUGCCAUUUACGACUACAUGGAGAAUGGGAACUUGCAAAAUUUGCUUCAUGACUUACCUCUCGGGGUUCAAACAACAGAGGAUUGGAGCACGGAUACAUGGGAAGAAGAUGAUAACAAUGGGAUUCAACAUGUUGGUUCUGAAGGAUUAUUGACAACAUGGAAAUUCCGAUACAAAAUAGCACUCGGCACCGCCCGAGCACUUGCAUUUCUCCACCAUGGAUGCUCACCCCCAAUGAUUCACAGAGAUGUUAAAGCUAGCAGUGUUUAUCUUGAUUCUAACUUGGAGCCAAGAUUAUCAGAUUUUGGACUGGCAAAGAUUUUUGCAAAUGGCUUAGAUGAUGACAUCUUUCGUGGGUCACCUGGGUAUGCGCCACCCGAGUUUUCUGAGCAAACAAGUGGCUCCCCACAGUCUGCAACACCAAAAUCUGAUGUCUAUGGAUUUGGCGUUGUUUUGUUUGAGCUAAUUACAGGUAAAAAGCCAGUUGGAGAUGAUUAUCCAGAUGUGAAAGAAGCAAACUUAGUGAGCUGGGUCAGAGGAUUGGUAAAGAAGAAUGAGGUGUUUAGAGCAAUUGAUUCAAAAAUUCGAGGAACAGCACCGGAUACUCAAAUGGAGGAGGCCUUGAAGAUUGGGUAUCUGUGCACUGCUGACUUUCCCUCAAAGCGACCAAGCAUGCAGCAGAUAGUUGGACUUCUUAAAGAUAUUGAACCAGUUGCAAAUCAGUAAACAAGUGUCGGAUCAGUGAAGAGCAGAGUGAGGGAAGAUCCAGAAUUCUAGAUUUUGCUCUUUUUCCCCUCUCUAAGGCUGUUAUUUUUUUCUAUGUUAUGAGUUCUUUCUAUGCUGCCAUAGGGGCAAUCUGUACAGCUAGUGCCAGGAUUCUGUUGUGAACUUACAGUGUUUCUUUUUUAUUGCUCCAUUGUUGGCAGCAUAAAAGCUUAAUUUAUAUACACGAGUUUGAUCCACGAAAA